CCCCGUUUCCCUCCCGGGUGUGUAAGGCAGCCCCUCUGUGCUUAGACUGCGCUGGCCCAAAGGCUUAGACACUGGCUACAGAGCAGCAAGGCUUCAUUCUGGAUUUAAAUCUUGACAACAGUGACAGAGAAUUGUUAAACAAAUGUUGGACCCUCUAGGAAUUUUCUUUUGUAACUCCUGUACAACUGUCAGCAGAUCAUCUUUCUUGAAUAAAGCUGCUUAUUCAUGAAGUUUUAAUCACCAUGAAUUCAGGCUUAUGGAGUCAAGAAAAAGCUAUUUUUUAUUUGCUUCUUCAGGAAUGCAGUGUCUUAGACAAACAGACUCAAAAGCUUUUGAAAGUACCCAAGGGUAGCAUAAGCCAGUUUAUUCAAGAUCGUUCUGCUGUAGGACAUGGCAGAAAUAUCCCUUCUAAAGGAAAGAAAAUGCAGAUUGGUUUAAAGCUUCUGGAACAACCACACGCAGUCCUGUUUGUGGAUGAGAAAGAUGUUAUAGAAAUAAAUGAGAAACUAGCUGAAUUGCUCUUGGCUAUUACCAACUGUGAGGAAAGAUACAGUCUAUUUAAAAGCAAAAGCAGACUAAGUAAAGGCCUGCACAUAGAUGUUGGCUCACCUGUGAGAGUACAGCUGAGGUCGGGAGAUGAUAAAUUUCCGGGAGUUGUUCGCUUCAGGGGACCUUUGUUACAAGACAGACUAUUGUCAGGGAUAUUUUUUGGAGUAGAACUACUGGAAGAAGGUCGUGGCCAAGGCUUUACUGAUGGACAGUACCAAGGAAAACAGCUUUUCAGAUGCGAUGAGGAUUGUGGAGUUUUUGUUGCUUUGGACAAAUUAGAGUUGGUGGAAGAUGAUGACAAUGAACUGGAGAGUGACUAUGCAGCUCCAGUUGACACGAUGCAGGUAGAACUUCCACCUUUGGAGAUCAACUCCAGGGUUUCUCUGAAGAUAGGAGAAGGUAUAGAGUAUGGGACAGUUAUAUUCUGUGAUGUCUUACCAGGAAACGAAAGUUUAGGAUACGUUGUUGGAGUGGACAUGGAUAAUCCUAUUGGGAACUGGGAUGGACGAUACAAUGGAAUACAGCUCUGCAGUUUUGCAAGUGUAGAAAGUACACUUCUCUUGCAUAUCAAUGAUGUUAUCCCAGAGACUGUAUCACAGGACAGGAGACCUUCCAAACUUGCCUUUGCUUCAAGAGGUGGCGGUGAUAAAAGCUUAUUCAAUCAUAGUAAGCAAAAAAUCACAGGAUCUACCUCCGAGCCUGGAAAUAGAAACAGAUCUGAAUUUUUUUACACAUUAAAUGGCUCUUCUGUUGAUUCUCAACCACAAGCUAAAUCAAAAAACACAUGGUAUAUUGACGAAGUUGCUGAAGAUCCUGCAAAAUCUCUUACUGACUCAUCUACUGGGUUUGGUCAUUCUUCACCACCACUACAGCCACCCCCAACAAACUGUUUAUCUAGUGAAAAUAGAUUUCAUUCUUUACCCUUUAACUUAACAAAAACAUCUAAUACUAAUGGUACUAUUGGACAUAGUCCCCUCUCUCUGUCUGUUCAGUCAGUUAUUGGGGAUAUGAACACGGCUGCCACCCAGGAGAGUCCAUCAACAGUAGUGCCUGUCAGUAACUUGCAUGGUCUUGAAGCAGGUUCACUGGCCGAAGUUAAAGAGAAUCCUCCUUUCUAUGGAGUAAUCCGCUGGAUUGGUCAGCCACCAGGGGUAAAUGAAGUAUUGGCUGGAUUGGAACUGGAAGAUGAAUGUGCAGGCUGUACAGAUGGAACAUUUAAAGGAACUAGAUACUUCACUUGUGCCCCAAAGAAGGCUCUCUUUGUUAAACUCAAGAGCUGCAGGCCAGACUCUAGGUUUGCAUCCCUGCAGCCUGUUUCCAACCAGAUUGAACGCUGCAACUCUCUAGCCUUUGGAGGAUACUUAAGUGAAGUGGUAGAAGAAAACACCCCUCCAAAAACUGAAAAAGAAGGUUUAGAGACAAUGAUUGGAAAGAAGAAAGGUAUCCAGGGUCACUACAAUUCCUGUUACUUAGACUCUACCUUGUUCUGUCUGUUUUCUUUUAGCUCUGUUUUGGACACUGUUUUACUUAGACCUAAAGAAAAGAAUGAUGUAGAAUAUUAUAGUGAAACUCAAGAGCUGCUGAGGACAGAAAUUGUAAACCCUCUGAGGAUUUAUGGAUAUGUGUGCGCUACAAAAAUAAUGAAAUUGAGGAAAAUACUUGAAAAAGUUGAAGCUGCAUCUGGGUUCACUUCUGAGGAAAAAGAUCCGGAAGAAUUCUUGAAUAUUUUAUUUCAUCAUAUUUUAAGAGUAGAGCCACUAUUAAAAAUAAGAUCAGCUGGUCAAAAGGUACAAGACUGUUACUUCUAUCAAAUUUUUAUGGACAAAAAUGAGAAAGUUGGAGUCCCAACAAUUCAGCAGUUACUGGAAUGGUCUUUUAUCAACAGUAGCUUGAAAUUUGCAGAGGCACCCUCAUGUCUGAUUAUUCAGAUGCCUCGAUUUGGAAAAGACUUCAAAAUGUUCAACAAAAUUUUUCCAUCUCUGGAAUUAAAUAUAACAGACUUACUUGAAGACACUCCUAGGCAGUGCCGUAUAUGUGGAGGACUUGCAAUGUAUGAGUGCAGAGAAUGUUACGAAGAUACUGACAUUUCUGCUGGAAAAAUCAAGCAGUUUUGUAAAACCUGCAACACACAAGUUCAUCUACAUCCAAAGAGACAGAGUCAUAAAUUCAAUCCAGUGUCACUUCCUAAAGAUCUACCAGACUGGGAUUGGAGACAUGGAUGUAUCCCUUGCCAGAAGAUGGAGUUAUUUGCUGUCCUCUGCAUCGAAACAAGCCAUUAUGUAGCUUUUGUCAAAUAUGGGAAGGAUGACUCCGCUUGGCUCUUCUUUGACAGCAUGGCAGAUCGGGAUGGAGGCCAGAAUGGUUUUAACAUUCCACAAGUUAUACCAUGCCCAGAAGUUGGCGAGUACCUAAAAAUGUCUCUAGAAGAAUUACAUUCAUUGGACUCCAGAAAAAUUCAAGGAUGUGCACGAAGACUACUUUGUGAUGCUUACAUGUGCAUGUAUCAAAGCCCAACCAUGAGCUUGUACAAAUGAACAUUAUACUCUGAAAGGAGAAAAAACUGUAUGCAGAUUUCUCUACUGUUGCAUUCACUAUUCACCUUAGUCAGUUUUGAUGCAACCGUUGCCGGCAAUGGAUGCUAUGAUAGGGAAAAGCUAAGACAAAUGUUUUAAAAACUACAUGUAGAGUUCUGUUGUUGAAAUAUUUAAGCAUUUUGCACUCUAGGAAGUGUGCGUGUGUGUUUUGUUUUAUAAACAAAGUCUAAAUGAAGUUGCUAAAAACUGAAGCUUUAAGUUAAGUGCAUUGAUAUGUUGAUUUUGAAAUGAGAAGUUGAAUUGUAAUAAGAGAAAAUCCUUAGUUCAUUGAGAAUGUAAACAUACACUGUGUACUUGCUCAGUGUAUUUCUGUGGACCAAGGAUGAUGAACUUUAUUUUUUUGCUCUGUAGCUAACAGUUGCCUUCAGGAAGGAAUAUUUUUGGUUUUAAUAAGGAUGGUUUAAUUUUUUUUUUAGAGAAGUCAUUGCAAUUGACUUCUAUGGUCUUGUUAACCUUUAGCCAUCUAUUGUUAUCAUGCAUGUCUACUUUUAUAGAAUUCUAAGUCAUCACAACAACCAUAAUCUCAAACUGCUCUAUUUCUUGAGGUUUGUACUUCUCUUUUAUUUGGGCAAAUCAUACAUACUUUCACUGGAUAUGUCAGUUUUCUUCAGGGAAUGGGGCAAUAUUGUCUAAGUAUAACAGUAGAAACAUAAACUAACACAUGGAAGUGUCUUAUGUUCUGCAAAAAAUAAUAAACUAAAUCUAUACAAGUGUCUGGAUGGCAAGCUAAAUAAUGUGGCUAAUUGCCUCAGGGAGUGUUAUUAAAGUAGAAUUUGUAGUCCUUAGUAAAAUGAAGUAGACAAUUUGACUGUCCAGCAACAUAUUGAGCUGCUAUAGGUGAUCUAAAUUUUUCAGUGUUUGGGAUUAUAAACUAAUGUUUAUAUCUUAACAUCAGGAAAGAUGAAAUUACAAAUUUUAAAAAAUAGCAUUUUAAAUACUUGGUACCUGGUAUGUAUGAACAAAAAAUGAAUUACACUACUUUAAAAAAUCAUUGUAAAGUAUUAUUGAUAUUUUGUGACUUGAAGUUGAUUCUUAUUUUCAAUGGAAUUCUGUUGUAUUAAUGGCCUUUUAGAUAAUUCUGUCUAAAGUAUUUUUAAAUGUUUAGAAAUGUGUGUACAGCAAAAUUUGGAUGUUGUACAACUAGUUGUAGUUCAAACUCCAUUAUUGUGGGUUGUAGCAUAUUUUCAGAUUUUAAGAAUUGUUGUACAUGAGUAACUAACUGCCUCUUUGGGAUCCACUUCAUGUAGAAAGGAUGAAGAACAGAUGAAAAAUACAUUAUCCUUUUAAAACAAAACAAACCCAAUACCAAAAAAUGUGGCUUUCAGAAUAUUGUAAAACUUUCUAUCUGGAGUUAUUUUCUGUAGUUUUAAGUUUAUUUUUUCUGAUAGAACACCAUGUGCUGCCUUGAAAAUGUCAGGUAAAUCUUAUUUGUUCCUACCAUGUCUAUAGGCAAGAUAUUGAAAAGGAUAUCUUUUGCUCUUCAAAUGACCACCACUGUGGGGGAAAAGCUGGGAAAAAGUUUUUUAGUUAAAAAAAUGCAGAUUGAGUUGGACCACAAUAUUUUGCAAGUGUGUAUUAAACAUAUGCAAUUGUUAGUUGGAAAAAAUCUAGUGCUGAUUUUUUUUCUAUUCAAAUUUACUCUUUUUUAAGGCAAUUACAGUACUUAUUUCCCCCCCAGCAAACUGGAAUAGUGGUGGACUUGUGCAGCUGUUUUUAGCUGAAAAUACUGUUUUAAUAGCUAGAAAAAUCAAUCUCACAGUUCUAUCAAUUAUGUAUUUCCCUUGACUCCAAUGUUUGAGGGAGAAUACAAAUGCCUACUGACAAUUGUGAAUUAUAAGGACAAGUAUAAAUGGCCUCUUGCCUUCUCCCUCUCAUAUCAUUGGACUUCUUUCCAAAGAGAAUGAUUUCACAUACAAUUACAAUUGUAUAAAGAAUUGAGGGAAUGUCAGUUAUGUUGCUUUGUACAUAUUUUUAGUGAUUGUUCAAGAUCAUGUUGAUAUACAAAGUUGUGCAGUAUACAUUUGGCUAAUUAUGUAUGAAUUGUAAACCAUUUUUGGUGAUGGUAUGUGAGUAAGGGGGUUUAUAGUUCAGUCUUGAAAAGUUAAAAUAGGUGGGAGAGGUGCUUGUAGUAUUUAACUUUUGAUUAAGAUUAGAAAAAUAAAAAUAAAAUGAUAUAACUCUAUCCCGUAGAGUAAUAUGGGGAAACGUAUGUAGUCUGACAUAUUACAGUGUGGUUUUUUUUUUUUAAAGAGUAUGGAAGUUGACUAUUCUGAUUCUCUGUGUAAUACUUUCAGUAAAAAUAUAUAAAACUCUCUUCAAUGAAA